CACACACCAAACACAAAACACAAACCUUCCUUUCAUCGGAGUCGUGUUCUGCCGGUCUCUCUAUUUCCCUCUUCUUCUUUUACAUAACUCACCACCGGGUUGCUAGGCACGUGAUCCUCAGCUACCAUACCAUAAAAACAAAAAUCAAUUUAAUAUACUUAUUAUUAUUAUUUUUUCAAUAUUAAAUUAUUUUAUAGCAUCACAUUUUGCCUAUAUAUAUCAGCCUCAUGACCCAUAAACACCAACACUUGUACUCUCUCUUCUGCCACCCCACCACCACAACCACAUUGAAGUCCUUUCCACCUCUUUCCUUAAUUCUCUUUUCUAGUAUAUACCUAGUACAAAAAUUAACGUUAAUUCAUUAGACGAAGAAAAAAAAACACGCACACACACAGUGGUUGAUUAUUUCUUUUUUUUUGGUACCGGCAAACGAGAAGAAGAAAAGAAAAAAUGGUGACGGUGGAGGAAGUUCGUAGAGCACAGAGGGCACAAGGGCCGGCAACGAUCAUGGCGAUCGGGACGGCGACGCCGCCAAACUGCGUCGACCAAAGCACUUACCCGGAUUAUUACUUCCGCAUCACUAACAGUGAGCAUAUGACUGACCUCAAAGAGAAAUUCCAACGCAUGUGUGAUAAAUCACAAAUCAAGAAACGUCAUAUGUAUUUGACAGAAGAAAUCUUGAAGGAAAAUCCCAAUAUGUGUGCUUAUAUGGCACCAUCACUGGACGCAAGACAGGACAUUGUGGUUGUUGAAGUGCCCAAAUUGGGAAAGGAGGCUGCCCAAAAGGCCAUUAAGGAAUGGGGCCAGCCCAAGUCCAAGAUUACCCAUUUGGUCUUCUGCACGACUAGCGGUGUCGACAUGCCCGGCUGCGAUUACCAGCUCACUAAGCUAUUGGGCCUUCGCCCGUCGGUCAAGCGACUCAUGAUGUACCAGCAAGGUUGCUUUGCCGGUGGCACGGUCCUCCGGUUGGCUAAGGACUUGGCCGAGAAUAACAAAGGCGCUCGUGUGUUAGUCGUGUGCUCGGAGAUCACUGCUGUGACAUUCCGUGGCCCAAGUGAGACCCAUUUGGACAGUCUUGUUGGGCAGGCCUUGUUCGCGGAUGGAGCGGGAGCGAUAAUUAUUGGGUCAGAUCCUAUCCCCGGUGUUGAGAGGCCAUUAUUUGAGCUGGUUUCGGCAGCCCAAACUCUCUUGCCAGACAGUCACGGCGCAAUCGAUGGGCAUCUUCGUGAAGUUGGGCUGACAUUUCAUCUCCUCAAGGACGUUCCUGGGUUGAUCUCAAAGCACAUAGAGAAGAGCUUGGAAGAAGCAUUUGAGCCCAUAGGUAUUUCUGACUGGAACUCCAUCUUCUGGGUUGCACAUCCUGGCGGGCCUGCCAUUUUGGACCAAGUGGAAGAGAAAUUGGCUCUGAAGCCCGAGAAGAUGCGGGCCACAAGACAUGUGCUGAGUGAGUAUGGAAACAUGUCCAGUGCUUGUGUGUUGUUCAUUUUGGAUGAGAUGAGGAAGGCCUCAGCAAAAGAUGGGCUGGGAACUACUGGAGAAGGCCUGGAAUGGGGUGUGCUGUUUGGAUUUGGGCCUGGCCUGACUGUUGAGACAGUGGUCCUUCAUAGUUUACCCAUUUAAAAAGCAUUUGAAAUUCUUUUGAAUAAAAUAAAGGGGAAAUAUUCUAUGCGUGUGUGUGUGUAUUUUGGGGGGAUACUCCUACAUGUCAUUUUAGUAGAAUUUGGUCAUGGUGUAUUGUUUGAUUUUCUACUCUUUUUUUCUUUUCUUUGGGG